GGUGCACUCGUGUAUUUUCAAUUUGCGAACCUGCGCAGUACCCACAAAUUAGGGCGAAUGUGUCUUCUGCGCAGGCCGCCAUUGGAGUUCUCGAUUUUAGUACCGAUAGCCUUCCACAGGGGUCACUGAGAUGCACUUCAGCAACCUCUCAUUUCGCGCCAACAAAAUAAUAAAUAAAAACCGUUUCCAUCCGAAGCUGUUGAGAAACUUUGACUUGGAGUAUCAUUCAAAUUCUCCAUCAGAAUUUCCUCUGGAAAAUAAAACAGAUCGGUGAAUAGCCCGAAAAUGCCUGUGGUCGCAGCAAGACGAAAAAACAGUCUUGCACGAGAUCAUCCCGAGCUGGAGGAAAAUGAGGACGAUGCUGCCGACACCUCGCUGGCCAGGGAUCAAGAUUCUGAGAUUCCUGACGAAAUCCCUGAGGGUGCUCUAAAGUACAGGGACAUUUACGUUCCGCCGCCACCACCCUCGACCUGCUCGUACGACAACAAAGGACCAAGGUUGAUCAUCAAGAACAUUGUCGUCAACAAUUUCAAAAGCUUCCAUGGCGCGCAUACUAUUGGCCCCUUCUUCAAGGGAAUGUCGUCUGUCAUUGGACCUAAUGGGAGUGGAAAGAGCAACGUACUUGACUCGAUCCUCUUCGUCUUUGGCUACAGAGCGAGCAAGAUCAGAACAAAGAAAGUAUCCAUGUUGAUUCACAACUCUGCUCAAUUUCCAAAUUGCAACAGUUGCACAGUGACUGUCAAUUUCAUACAAGUGCUGGACAAUAAGGGGCCUCAAGAAGACGCUGAGGAAAUCCCAGGGACUGACCUCGAAGUUUCCAGGUUUGCAUUCAGGGACAACUCGUCUCACUACACACUGGACGGCAAACGAGUUCAAUUCAAAGACAUCGCAGUAAAAUUGCAAGGACACGGAAUCGAUCUCACCAACGGACGCUUCCUUAUUUUGCAGGGAGAAGUUGAGCAAAUUGCUCAGAUGAAACCAAAAGCAGAAAACGAAAAUGACACUGGCUUGUUGGAGUUUUUAGAGGAAAUCAUCGGCACUCUGAGAUACAAAGAACCAUUGGCUAAAGCCAUUGCCCUUGACACUGAAAUGGAAGAACAUCGAGAGGUGCACAAAAAUAAAGCAGACAAUGCUCAGCAAGUGCUUGCUAAUUUGGAGGACGGGAAAAACGCUGCCAUAGCAUACUUGGAAGAGGAAAACAAAUUCAAUAGGGCUUUUCAUUUUACCCUUCAAAAGAAUUGUUACAAGGCAUCCAAGAAAAUAGCUCGCAGGGAGGAAGAGUUUAAUGGCAAGAAAGAAGAACUUGAUAAGGUCAAGGAAGAACUGGCACAGUUUGAAGAAAAGAGCAAAGAUUUAAGGAGCAGCAUAAAACAGAAAGAAGACCUGAUCAAGGAUUGCAAAGCCCAAAGUGAAGAAAUCGACAAGAAGUACAAAGAGCAAGAUGCUGAAUUUUGCAAAAUUUCUGCUAACAUGACUGCCAAGAAUAACCGCAGGAAGAAACAGGCCGAAAGCGUGAAUGCUGAAAAGAAAAAGCUGGAAGAAAUGGAAGGGUUGCCCGAAAGAAACCAGCGAGACAUUAAAGAUAUUGAGAAAAACAUCCAGCGGCAUGAGACAGAUAAGGCCGAACUUGAGCAGAAACUCAUGAAGGCCACAGAGACGUUGCAGCAGAAGGUUCAGGGUCCACAAGACCAAUUGGUUGGUUUGGAAAAGGAACUAGCUGGAUUAUCAAAGACAAAAGAGGAAAAAGCUGCAGCCAUGCUAAUUGCUCAGUCUAAAUUGGAUUUGGCCACAAAAUCAGAGACUCAGGAUAAAGAGAAGUUGGAUGGCUUGAAAAAGUCACUUGAAGCAAGUACUGCAGGCCUACAGGAGAAACAAGAGCGUCUGGAAGUGGUCAAAGCCGACAUUCCAAAAGCCAAGUCGAGGCUGCAGGAAGUAAAAGCUCAUCUGGAGGAGGAGCGAACUCGCAAGGCCCAACUGGAACAAAAGGCAGCUCAAACCCGGGCGGAGCUCAUUGGUGCUCGGACGGCUGCUGAACGCGCCAAGAGCAACAAUCGGGUGGUCAACGCCUUGAAAGAAGAAUGUGCUGCUGGACGAAUUCCUGGAGUCUACGGACGUCUCGGUGACCUCGGCGCAAUCAAUGCCAAGUAUGACUGCGCCAUCACCUCAGUGUGUGGCUACCUGAACUACAUUCUUGUUGACACAGUCCAAACGAGUGCCAAGUGCAUGCAGUUCCUGCGCUCUGCAAAUUUAGGCAAAGCCAGUUUCAUUUCACUCGAGCAACAGCAGAAGUUUGUUCGCACAAUGAAGGAUCAUUUUGACGCUCCGGAAAAUGUGCCUCGCCUCUUUGACUUGAUCAAAGUUGAAGAUGAGAGGGUCCUGCCUGCUUUCUACUUUGCAGUUCGCAACACACUGGUCGCUCAGAAUUUGGACCAAGCUACCAGAAUUGCCUUUGGCCGUGUUCGUCACAAGGUAGUUGACAUCAACGGCAACAUCGUUGACCCCGGCGGUGCCAUGACUGGUGGUGGACGCGCCAGACGAGGAGGCAUGGGGCAAAAAGUGACUGCAGGUCUCGUUGACGAAACUCAAGUGGAACAAACCCCUCAGCUGAAGCAAAAUAUUGAGGAGUUGGAGCGAAAUAUCAACAAACUGAUCCCCAGCAUUGCAGCCCUUGAAAAGGAAGAGGAUAAAAUCCAGCACAGCGUUUCUGAGCUUGAUGCAGAACAUAAACGUCUUGUUUUGGACAUACAGCACUUGUCAAAGAACAUCCCUAAUCUGGAAAACCAAAUCAAAGCGCAGCAAGAGAGGGUUAAAAAAAAUGUAACUGACGAAGCCCAAGUUGCCAAACUUCAGGGAGAUUUGAAAAAAGCCAAGAAAGACAUGGAGUCUGCCAGUUCUGCUGCGGAAAAAAUUGAAACUGAGGUGGAAAAACUCCGCAAGGAAAUUGAGGAAAUCCGAAUCAACACGGUGGGAGGAAUGGACAACAAGUUGAAGGAAUUAAACAAGAAAAUUACCAAAGCCCAAUCUGACAGAACCAAACUUGCUGCUGCCAUUGCUUCUAAUGAGAGAAAUAUGGAAAAGUGCAGGGACAAAAUUACUGAUUUGGAAGAGGAAAUCAGCAACAUGAAGGAGGAACUGUUGCAAAUGAAAAAACAAAAAGAGGGCAUUGCUGAUGACACCAGGAUCAUGUUACAAGAGAAGAAUGUCCUUGGAGAAAAGGAAAUAUCUCUUCAGGAAGAAUAUGAAGCUUUGAAAAAGGAACUCAAUAAGAAACACGCUGACGAAAAGGAAAUCAAGAGCAAGAAGAUUGAUGUCGAAAGAGAUCUGGAGAAAAUCUCAAGUGAACUAAGUAAUGCGAAGGGAGAAUUGAAAGAGUUGAAAAACAAGUUCAAGAUGCUGAAGUUGGAAAACAUUCCUGGCAAAGACAAAGAGAAGCCGUUUGAAGAAAUCCCUGCUGAUGAACUCGAAAACUUUGAUGUUAAAGAAUACACAUAUAUCGUUGCAAACUUCUUGGACGUCAUAAAAAAGACCAGACCUAAUUUGGACAUCAUUGAAGAAUACAGAGCUAAGGAAACACAAUUCAUUGCUUUGUGUGACGCACUUGAAGAGGCUACAAACAGGAGAGACGAAGUACGCAACUUCCUUAACAGCAUCAAGAAGCAUCGCUACCAAGAAUUCAUGAUUGGGUUUAAUAUCAUCAACCAAAAGCUGAAGGAGGUUUUUAGAAUGAUUUCCAUUGGAGGUGAUGCUGAGCUUGAGUUGCAAGACAGUUUCAAUCCUUUCUUGGAGGGAAUAGCUUUCAGUGUUCGUCCCCGCAACAAAGCAUGGACUCAAAUUGACCGUCUCAGUGGAGGAGAAAAAACUCUAUCCUCUCUUGCUCUUGUCUUUGGACUGCACUACUUCAAACCCUCACCUUUUUACAUGAUGGACGAAAUCGAUGCUGCCCUCGAUACUAGGAAUGUGUCAAUCAUUGGGCACUACAUCAAAAAAUUCACUGUCAACUGCCAGUUUAUUGUGAUCUCGCUGAGAGCGGAGAUGUACGACCUGUUUGAACGCAGAGUGAUCGGAGUUUUCAAACCUGAUGGUUGUACGAGAACUGUUGCUAUUGACCCCCGAGAGUUCCACAACAAAUUUGUAAAACCACAUGAGGUUGAGAAGAAUAAACCCAAUGAAAAGGACAAACGGGCCAAGCCAGCAAUGCAGCCCCCUGCGCCUCCAAGCAGCCAAAGUGCUGCUCUGAUGCAGCCACCUGCUGCUCUUGUCUCGGCACCAACUCCACCACCUGUGGCCAAAAAGUCCAACCCAGCCAAGAAGAGGAAAAUAAAGAAGGUCACAGGCAAUGACAGUUUGGAGGAAGAUUCGCUGGCCUUGUCAAUGGCCGAGUCAAAUGAUUCUCAACUGGACGAAACCGCCCAGCAAGCGGCUAACACUCCUGAGAAAACUAAAAGGACAGAAACGACAAUACCAGAAACUCCUGAAGAUGCUGUACAAGAGGACGCCGAUGAGGAAAUAGUUGAAGAAGUUGUGACCUCAAAGAAAAGGAGAGGUAGUAAACCUAAAUCCCCAUUGUCCAGCUCGCAGGAGAGCUUGGACGAUUCUCAAGACAUGCGGCGCAAGUCCAAACGUCAGAAAAAGGGAUCCUCUCCAGAACCAACUCCUUCAACACAACCUGCCAGAAGAGGAAGGCGUAAUGCUAAUGUUUAGGUAGUCUUGUUCUGUAAAUUAGAUUUGGAAAAGUAACUAUUUUUCUACAAACUCUCAACUCAAACAAAUUAUGUUUCUUUCUACAAAUAUCAUUCGAUGAAGGUACAAAUAAAUUACACGCAUGAAUUAAAACGCCAGGUAUGUUUGAUUCAUGAUUCAUAGAAGUAACAUUUAAUUUUUGUACAAAACUUGGAAACUUACAAUUAAGUUAGAUUAUGAUUGGCAUACAUUAACCCAUCUGAUUAUUAAUUCAUUUGGCUUUUCUACUCAGACGAUUGCACGAACAAUUUGUAGUAUUGACUGUGAUCAUGGUCCAUAGUCAUGGCUCCAUUACAAGAACUAUAAGUAUUAUUUAUCUAUUUCUUAUUUGCAUACUUGAGAUCACAUAUUUGUACAGUCAAUUAAGAAUUAAUUAAAUUAAUUACAAAAUACAUACAGAAAAACAUAAAUUACAACUUAAAUAGAGCUAGCUCAUGAUUCUGAAGGACCAUCCUUUGUUUGCUGUUGGAGAUACAUCAGAAAAAUCUGUUGACGAUUGCUGGCAUGUCCUGGGAAGGCAUCCUAAAAUUUAAAUUUUAGUUAAAU